AUGGAACGACCUCCCAAGUAUCAACCUGUGAGCGCUGACGAAGAAGAAGAGAUCUUGAGACAGCUUGAGGAAGAGAAGGAUGGCAUCGCUUGGGACAACAAUUCUACGGAGAUCAUCCCGACCAAUACGCGCAGUUUCGUUGCGUUCAUGUCAUUGCUGCUGCUGUCGCUCUCAGCAAACGUGCUGCUGGUGAUGGACAAUGCGAAACUUCGAAACUUGACGCACAGCGCUGGCAAGACUCCCUACAGCGGCCUGUCCUUUGACACUCCUAUUACUUAUGAACCCAUUUCGCCUUAUUGGAAUCCUAAUUCCAGCACUGAAGAAAUGGAUGCAGCCUGGGACGCAAUCGACACCAGCCCAAUGGCAGUUGCGCUCCACGAUGACUUCACACGUAAAGUCGGACUGCCUCCAUCUGGCCGAUUUCCAUGGGACACAGAGCGCAGCAUCUACUAUCUAAAAGGCAUCCAUGAUCUCCACUGUGUGAAGUAUAUUCGCAAAGCUAUCACAGUAAAGCAUGACGGCGGCAAUCAGACCUUUGACUAUCACCAUAUUAACCACUGUCUGAACGGCUUGCGACAAGACAUAAUGUGUGCAGCUGACGACACACCCAUGCCAGCUUUGGCUGAGCACAUCGGAGCUGGUCAGGUCCGUAAAUGUCGUGACUGGAACAAAAUGACCGAGUGGGCAACACAACUGGACCGAAAUGCUUGCUACAAGCUUGACGAUUAUCGUGAGGCUACCAAUACCUUAGAGCAGUUUGCUUUCUGUCCUUCUGGAUCGCCUUAUCAGUCCGUCCAGCAAGCUUACUUCGAUUACCAUGGACACAAGGACCCGUACGAAGCUAAGGUCGAUGAAGAGGUUGUGAUCUUUCGAUAG